AUGCGCUUCUUGUUCGCCACGGCGCUUCUCGUGGCCCUAGCAGCUGCACUGGGCUCUAUCCCUACCGGAAUGAAGAAGGCAUUGACAACCAACAAUGUUCCCAAGGGCUACCUGAGCUCGGUUUCGCUGGUUGGGACAUUCCCGAUGUCGGUCUUACAAGCAGACCAACGAUUCUUCAGCAUUCCGAAAUUACCUCUCCUCGUCGACAUCCACGGCAUCGGCCGGACCACGACACGCUACUUAAACGACCACCAACUCCCAUCGUUUGCACGAAAGCACGGAUGCGCCAUACUCACACCCGUGUUCCCGGCAGGAAUCGAAGGGCCGAACGAUAUUGGUUCCUUCAAGGAAAUGUACUCCGACUUUUUCCGUUCCGACCUCGUCCUUCUCUCCAUCUUGGGAGAAGUAGGGUAUCGAUGGCCCGCUAUCGAUAUCGAUAAGGUAUACCUGAUGGGAUACUCCGCCGGAGGCCAGUUUGCCCAUCGCUUCCUCUAUCUUCACCCAGAUCGAUUGGCAGCGGUGAGCAUCGGGGCUCCGGGAAGUGUGACGUUUCUGGACGAUCUGCAGUCUUGGCCCGAUGGCAUAUCCGAUUUCAAAUCCAUCUUUGGCACAGAUGUUGACAUGGGGAAGGUAAAAGAGGUUCCGAUUCAGUUAGUCGUUGGAAAUAGAGAUAGGGUGCUUCAUGGUAACCCAGCCUAUUGGAGGUGGCUCGAACGAAUGCUAGGUGACGAGGUCCAGGAGCCGCGGGAAGUGAACCGCCUCGAUACGGUGAAAAGCCUACACGAAUCUUGGGACGCUCUUGGCAUCAAAGCGGAGCUCGAGAUCAUUCGGGGCGUGGGACAUAAUGAGAGCAACGCUGACAUUUACGAUACGAUGACGGGCUUUUGGCAAGCCACAUCAAGGAACAUCACUAAAAUAGAGGAUCGCCGUCGGGUGUGGGAAUAUGUGUGCGGCGAUCACGGUGGCGAGCGACAGAUCCGCUACGGCACCUUGCGUCCCACUUUGGCCACCCCUAUCGUAACCAUCGAUGAUAUCUGA